GCAUACCUGUCAUUCUUCCCACAUAGCGUCUUGAGGAGCCUACGUGCAUUGGUAAAGACCUCCCGCAUGAACUAGAUAAUUAUAACUCUUUGACACCAGACGGUGGAGAUAAUCUAUGUCAUCAUGGACCCAUGGACAAGUAGAACAAUCGAGGAAGAUACGUCAUGGUCGUAUCACGUGAAAGCAUGUUCAUACUUACUUUCAAAACUGUGUACCUGGAACAUGAUUGUACACAGCAAAAAACUGUGGUGUUGCCAAUUUGUGUAUAUGUAGGAACACACCAGUAAUUUUACUCCAGUUUUAAUUUUUUGGUGCUAGUUCAACUCCUAUUUGGGUUUUAUCACAACACAAAUGGUUAUCACUUUUACACUCUUUUGGUCUUGUGUUCAAUCUCUAAGGUGUAAUUUAGCACCGUAGGGUGUAGUCCUCUAGGGAAACCUGUCACUUUUGAAACCCAAUUUGUUCAGUGUAUAUGUAUUUUAUUAUAUACGUUUCCAUCAACUCCCUAAAUGAUUUGUCGUUUUUUGCAUAAACCCUUUUAGACAAUAGCACAUUCAAUGAUUAGGGUUUGAUCUGAUAAUUGUUGGCGCAUAUUAUAUUUUGUGAUAUUUUCCCUCUUAUUGAUUUGCAGGACUGAUUUAAACAACAUUGUAAGCUCUUGUAUAGCUUUGAUACUACUACUACUACUACUACUAUUACUACUACUACUACUACUUCUACUUAUAGUAAUAUUCAGUUCUAUCUCUUCUCUUCUCUCUGUACAGUUACACAACCGGUAGCUCUGUGUUAUAGAAAUUCGCCAACAAAUUAAAUUCAUUCAGAGAUAACAUGUAAGCUUGUAUGGAGAGAACUCAAUUUUGGUGAUAAAACUACUUUAAUGCAAACUUCAAGGUAAAAUCGGACACCAGAUUGUUCUAAGUGAUACUGGACCAACUGGAUAAACUGAAUAUACCAGACAUGGCAGAAGCAAUGCAAGAGUCGGACACACCUAGCUGUCCUCCCAUCAGCGACUUUGAAAUGGAUAUGAUGCGGAUGGAGCAGAUGGCACUACUUCUAGAGGAAGAAGGGGAGGCUUCGCUCCAUCUAUUCUCCCAAACUUCUAGCGAAAGCUUGGACUUCUCGAACCCUCAGCAACCUUACUGGAACGAACCCAGGUACAACCGCAGUGAAGUACCAAGCAUUCUUGUUUCAGGGAUUGGCAACGAUGACCAGUCUGAUAUCGGCGGCGAAGUGUCCCUGGCGAUGAGCAAGGUGCGGAUGAGUGAAGCAGCUGAAGGCCACACAGGACCCUUUGCAGAAGCGACUCCUGGAGGAGGUGCAAUUCCAAAGUCUGGAGUCAGACGGAGUGUUUCUGUAGAAAGUUCUGGAGGUAACUGGGACAGUUCUGAUGCUAGUCACACAAGUGCUUCCUCAAGGCGAUGUCUUACCAACCAUCCUCACCAUGCUCUAGAACUUAUGUCCAUUCUCAACGACAUGCGCAUCGCAGGUGAUAUGAUAGACCUCAAGGUGCUAUCAGGUGACAAGAAAUACCUCUGCCAUCGAGCCAUCAUUGCCGCAGGGAGUCCUCUCAUAAUGAACCUACUGGAGUCGCAGCACAUUAAGCUUCGAAAGAGGAGUGACAAACUUGUCGUUGAUCAUAUCCGAGCAGACUAUGUCAAACAGAUUAUAGAUUUCGUGUACACAUCUAAGAUGGGAAUUGGUUUCCAGAAUGCACAGGAAAUGCUUUCAUUGAGUGUCGGACAAUCUGCAUUCUUGAGCAAAUCGGUUGAGCUGGCCUGUAGUGACUAUCUUGUUGGACAAUUCUGCCUUGACGCAGGAAGUGAGACGUCCUCCUUAAGUGCCGUUCCGUCAUCGAUUCUUUCUUCAGGAGAGGACGAUGUGUCAUCCAGUGGAACAGAGUGUAGCUUCCAGGAACAUAACUAUCCUUUAGAUGUCCUCCAUGCACUGAACGAACAUCGCAAGAGUAAGAGAUUUACAGACCUGAUCUUGUCUGUUGAGGAAGUGUCUUUUCCAUGCCACCGGGCUGUCAUGGUUGCAGUCAGUCCAUACUUCCGGGCGAUGUUCACGUCUGGUAUGAGAGAAAUCCGCGAGGAAGAGGUGGAACUCAAAGGCAUCCGAAGCGAUAUCUUCAGCAUCCUUCUGGACUUCAUCUACACCUGUCGCCUGGCCAUCAACGAAGACAACGCCCAGGAUAUGCUGGAGAUGGCCAGCUUCCUGCAGCUUGUCCCUGCGGUCAACGCCUGCAGUCAGUUCUUCCGGGACCACCUCGAUGUCCAAAACUGCCUUGGAAUCAUCAACUUUGCCAAACUCUACAGCUGUGAUCAACUCUUCGACCAUGCGUUUUUAUUCAUUCUGACUUACUUCAAGGAUAUCAUGCUAACCGAUGACUUCCUUCUGCUCUCAGUUAGCCAACUGGCAUCAUUUGUUCUUGAUGAUCGUCUGUCUGUAAAGAAUGAAGAACUUGUCUUUGAAGCCGUAAUGCAAUGGCUCAAACAGGACAUCGAAGGAAGGAUUAAAUUAAUGCCUAAGGUUCUUCGGCACGUCCGAUUACCGUUGAUUGAACCAGAGUACGUUGAACAAUACAUCAAACAUGACCCCAUCUUACAGGAGGACGCGUCAUGCCAGGCCAUUAUUGGAGAAAGCCAGUUACUUCGGGAGAGGGGUGCUAGCUGCCAUCAUAUCGAUGAUCCAAGGCUCAAGCUACGGUACUCGAUGACCACCGAAGUAUUGGUCACCGUCGGCGGCUUCGAUGACCGACAGAAGUGGGUCCGGGACGUCUGGUGCUUCAAUCCAAAGGAUUCGUCGUGGCAUGCCCUCGCCCCUUUCCCGGGAAAGAAUCGAAGAUUUGCCGCCGUGGCUCUGGACAAUGAUAUUUACAUCAUUGCCGGACAGGCAGAUCAUGGCGAUCGCAUGUCUGAAACCCUCCCUGAUGUCUGGCGAUACGACUCCAUCACCAACCGCUGGUCCCAGGUGGCGAGUCUGAACACGCCGCGUUUCGCUCAUGGCGCCGCAGUCGUUGACGGUUACAUCUACGUCGUCGGGGGCAAGAUGGGCUGGGCGAGACGAUUCAACGACGUCGAGAGGUAUGACCCAUCAAAGAACACUUGGACUGUCAUCACUCGGAUUAAAGGAAGUUACUUGGAGAAACCAGUCUUGUCUUCCCACGAAGGAAAGCUCUACGUGAACGGAUAUUUUUUCCGUGACCCGGAUAUAAUGCACUGCUAUGACCCGGAAGAUGACAAUUGGAUACAGAUGUUUAGUUUUCCGCGCGUCCAAGGAGACGGCAUCGAGAACGCUGUCGUGGUCAAUGACUACGUGUAUUAUCUGGUCUUCAGAGGAUAUGACAACUACGUGGUGGUCGUCAACCCUCUUACUGGAGAAAAACUGAGAGAGAGUAAGAUGACUGACGGAAAGUACCUGUAUUCAUACGGCGCCACCGUGGUCGGGGACAAGAUCUAUAUCGCGGGAGGAAGCAAAUUAGACGCCAGUGUGAACGUGCCUUAUCUAUUCUGCUACGAUCCCGCUCUUGAUGAAUGGAGUACAGUGGGGAGCAUCCCCACACCGCUCUGCGAACACGGGUGUGUUACCAUUGAGAAAUACAUGCCGCUCAAGCACUAGGCAUCGUCGCUUUCGUUUGUAUUCUGCAACGGACUUAAUUGAUGCGAAAAUUGGAGAUUUUUUGUCAGCUUUAUUCUGCCGUAGUAUUUAAUUAACACUGGUUCAAUGUGUCGGUUUUGGAAAUCACCACGAUUUUACGAAUGAUUUGCGAAUCGGAGAUCUUUCACGACAGACCAGGAUGAACCUCGUCAUUACACAGUGCCUUUCUUAUAAAGUACCUAAGCGAUAACGUCGGUUGCCAUGGUGUCAUGGCGGCCUGGUUCUAAACAAAUUAACCUGCCGAAUGAAAGCGUGUGUUUCUCUGCUAACGGAAUAAGCCAGUUCAUUUCUGCGCAUGAUCAAAAGGUCAUUUGUAC